AUGCCCGAUCUAACACGCUUGCCUACCCACCCGUUCCCAGCAGCCCAGUCGGUCAUUGGUACUAAUGGGCGAGAAGUUCUGGCCACCGCCACCAAGCUUGAUGCUCCUCAAAACACGAACAUGGUCCCUCUCAGAGUAGCCACAUCGGCUGCUGCUGUCCCGCAACCGCAAACGAAGCACCUCCAAGAGGACCGUCCACCACCAACGAAGGUACCUGCUACCCUGAAGGACCCACCGAUGCAGAACAAGGCACCUAUCACUGCCCGCGCCACGUCAGAUAUCAAAGAGGUGAAAGAUACUCAUGCUAAUUUAUCCGAGCUCUGGGAUGGUUGGCCUGACGGAAGUAAUGCUCACCUGUUUUCUUGGGAGGAAGCCUAUCAGACAGAUUUCUUGAUGGAACACUGGGCCAACAGGAACCGAAGAGGCGAUAAGGGACGAAGCGACGAUGCUCAGAACUGGCAAGAUGGUUUUCGGACAUGGCGUGCAUGUCUCGGAAUCAUUGUCUGUGACGAGCCCACUUGCCAAAUAAUCACACGUCCUGCCACACGCAAAACCACCCUCAUUAGUCAACUCCAUGCUUCCUGCGUCCUCAUCGGCCUUCCUCGCCUCGAAGACAUCCAGCAUUUGCCUAUCGGACGUUAUCUACAGCAGCAGGGAAGUCAAGCGUCGUCAACAGGCGGCUAUACUGUCAAGUAUUGCGGUGAUCUGACUGCAGUCCAGCAAGCACAGGUCGCCCAUUGGAUAUUUGAUAACAUCGAAGAGGCGCAAGAGACUGUGGUGCAAUGGUUAGGCUGCGCGGCAUUUGCUCACGCACUCAGUGUUAUGCUCGCAUGCAACAAGCGCAGCAUAUUGGAGGCAGAUCCCGACUACCCCAGAGAUGGCACCACGGACUGCGCAGGAAGAAUUCAUUCUCGAAGCCGCAUGAUCAACCCUUUUAAACCGGACUGGCAAAAGCACAGGACGUGA